UAAUUCCAGGUUGCUAUGGUCGCGCAGGUUGUUUACACAUUUAACUCGUGGCCAUGAGAAAUAGAUGUCGUUCCCUCCAUAGACAUAUAAUAAACACUAGACGCCCUAUUGGCCGCUGGACCGCACGUCAACGGCGCCGCCAUAUUGUGCGGGGCAACGUUCACAUAACACGUAUGAUAACUGAAAUUGAGAAAAAUGCCUGCUUCGUGUGCUGCUUGGGGCUGCACAAAUCGCCGCACAGUUGUAAAUAGGUCUCGGGGAAUUACCUUUCACAGGUUUCCCAGAGAUAAAGAGUUGAGGAGACAGUGGGAAGUAGCUAUAAGAAGGGAAGGUUUUUCUGCAAGCGAGUUCUCUGUGCUAUGCAGUGAACACUUCAAGCCGGAAGACUUUGACAGGACAGGUCAGACUGUCAGAAUAAGGGAUGGAGCAAAACCAUCUAUUUUCAGUUUCCCGACUCAUCUACAAAGACCUGUUGUAAUCAGGACUACACAAGCCUCAAGGAAAGCUGAGGAGAGCCUGUCAGUGGACUGUUCUCAGCAUUUCCAAGACACUGAUCCUCCUCUGCCUAAUGCUGACCACACCUAUGCAUUACCUGCAUCUCCCACUGAUUUAAAGAACAGACUCUGUGAAGCUUUGGCUAGAGUGGAGAGUCUGGAGCGAGAGAUGAGGAAUUUGAAGGACAGAGAACGGAGGGCAAAGAGGACUGCGCAUGAUCUUCUUGAAGAUCUGAAGGGGAAGAACCUCAUAAACGAAGAGCUGAAAGACAGGCUCAAUUUCUACUCUGGUAAAAAAAACAAAAAAACUUUGAACUUUAUGCAUAUCUUAUGUGUACACUUUCCCAAUAUAAUGACAAUUAUUAUUGUUAUUAUUAUUAUUUCCAUUAUUAUUGCAAAAACACUUUUAUAACUGUUAUAACAGAAUUUCAGAUCUUCCGAUAGACCUCUUGUCAAAACAGGGCCACGAGUACACAAAAGAACAGAGGGAGUUUGCCCUCACUCUUCACUUACAUGGCCCAAAAGCCUAUAACUAUUUGAGAAAGUCUCUCCAUUUAAACCUCCCACAUCCACAUACAUUACAGAGGUGGAUGAGUUCUGUGGAUUCCAAACCUGGCCUCAACAUGAUGAUGUUGGACAUGUUAA